AAUUGCAAUUGCAAUGAUCCUCCCAACACUGUCCUCCCUGCUAUUUCUAGCAUCGCUAGCAUCAGCCUUUACUCCACCAGCAAACCUCAAACACACCAAUCUCCUCCGAACAAUCGAUCUCACGAAACCGUACGUUCGCGAAACCUAUGCCGUGGUCGUGCAGAACAUUGCGGAUGAGCCUGUAAGCGAGUAUUACUGGCUCGCACCGAGACAGGACAAGGUUGCGUAUGUUGAGGCGAAGGAGAAGAAGAGUGGUGGGAACGGUGCGGUGUUUGAAGUUGAGAAGGUGGUUGAGGAUGAUGGUUAUGACCACUUUCCCGAGGAUGAGGGCUAUGAAUACUACCGAAUCUCCUUCCCAACAUCCCUAGCACCCUCAGAGAAACUUACUCUCACCGUCUCAUCCGCAACUGUCGACUCCGUCUCCCCUCACCCCUACCAAAUCCCUCAAAACGGAAAACAAUAUCUUCAAUGGCACGGCUACCAAUUCGCAUCAAGCGCCUACGAAACCGAGAAGCAGCGCACAAAGUUCAAGCUCAAGUCGGCCGACAUCCCCGACGUCACGACCACCGACGGAAACACCGAGGGUGCGGAGGAUCCUGUUCGUGUCGGUACCGCGUUGACCUACGGUCCCUACGGGCCUCAGGUCGCUGGUGCGAAGGGUAAGCCGAUCGCUGUCCGCUACGAGUUUCAGGCUCCCGUCGUCAAAGCUACAAAGUUCGAGCGCGACAUCGAGAUCUCUCACUGGGGCGGAAACCUCGCCGUCGAAGAACGAUACUGGCUCGCGAAUGUCGGUGCCGUGCUCAAGGGCUACUUCUCCCGCGUCCAGUACCAACAGUCCGCCUAUACCCAACCCAUUAGCUCUGCCGUCCGUUCGUUGAGGUAUAGCUUGCACCCCAGCACCCGUAACGCCUACUUCACCGACGAAAUCGGCAAUGUCUCGACUUCCCGAUUCAGGGCUGGACGUGAAGGUGGACGAAACGCAAAUUUGGAUAUCUUCCCGCGUUAUCCUGUUUUCGGUGGAUGGAAUUACUCUUACACCGUCGGGUGGGAUCAAGACCUUUCGCAGUCGUUGAAGCAGAUUGACGAUGGGAAGUAUGCGAUUAAGGUUCCUUUCUUGGAGGGUCCGGAGAGUGUGCAGUAUGAGGAUGUGAAGGUCCGUAUUGUUCUGCCCGAGGGUGCGAAGAACAUCCAGGUCGCUACCCCCUUCCCGAUGAAGGAGUCGAGGAGCGUACACAAGUGGUUCAUGGAUACCAUCGGAAAGCCCGUCGUUGAGCUCUCCGCACAGAACAUCGUCGAUGAUGUCCGUGGCCGCGAGGUUGUUGUCAUUUACGAGCUUGGAAAGUGGGAGAUGAUGAGGAAGCCUAUGACUGUUGCCGGAGCUGUUUUCGCAACUUUGGUCAUCAGCUUCAUCUUCGGAAAGCUUGACUUGAAGAUUUAGGAGGAGGAAGGAAGAAAAUCUUAAGAUAUAUAUGUGUGUUGUACAGUUUUUGAUAACUCGUGCGAAAAAUGCCGGGAAUACCAUUCAUGCCCUUAUGACCAAGAAAGAAAACAAUAACCCCC